AUGACUUGUAUCGGACAUUGUCCUUGUGAAACCAGCCAGAAAAAGGCGACAGCCCAGGCCACAAUCAGAGGCAUGCGUUUCUUCAUAAUAUCCAAGCAUAGCCACCAUUGGCCCGUGCUGGGAGUGCUUUGCACUAGGCUGGAUGCGCUGGACAUUUCUCGGAUAUGCCCGAAGAUCUCAGCCGAGUGCAGGAAGCCCCUGCCAACUGAGGAUCGUUGUGCCAUGGGAUCACAUGUUGUUGUCGACAUGACCAGCAGAGAAUCAGCUUGCACAACCAUAUGUUUGGCGAACCCCCCUAGGCCGGAAGAGGUGGAACUGCUUCUGCGGCACCGUAGGAGAUAUGUUUCCCAGUCGGCCGCUCAGCAAUUCCUCGCCGGAUGUAUCGCGAGAGCUCUGCAAGAUAUGGUUGUUGUUGUUGUUGUUGUUGUUGCUGCUGAUGUUGUGAAGGAGCGGUUGGAAACUGUGGCGGGGAUGGCGGAUGUUGCGAGGAGCAGGGGUGAAGAUCAGGAUGAUGAUGGCGAGGAAGAAGAAGAAGAAGAAGAAGAAGAAGAAUGCGAGGAAGACGAAGAUGAUCAAGAUGAUCAAGAGGAAGAAUACGAGGAUGACGAAGAAGAGGAAUACGAAGAAGACGAAGAAGAAGAAGGAACGAGGAUCAAGAAGAGGAAGGAACCAGGAUCCAGAAGAAGAAUACGAAGAGGAAGGAUCCAGGAUCAAGAAGAAGAAUACGAAGAGGAAAAGGAAUGUCAGAAAGUGAAGAAGAAGAAAAGGGAAAGGACUGAAUUCAAAGGGAAAUGA